AUGAUUUCUCAACCUGAACGACCUGUCGAGGCCAUGGACCGGAAUAUUCACGAGCCAUCUCAACCGGCCGUGGACGAGUCUGGCGGCAUUCCACGAUCCACGGAACUAAUUACUAACCAAUACUUGGACUCCAAGCGCACGUCAAAGGAUACGACUAGCCAAACAGAACUGUCCUUGAGGUAUUUACUGUCAACUAUGGCGAGUCAUCCGCAUCCCAACACUGAGCCCGAUCUCAAUACACUUCGCAAGCUGUUCAAUACGCAUAAAUCACAAGUCAACGCCCAAGACGACAACAACAAGACAGCGCCUCUUCACAUUGCGGCUAGACGUGGCCUUGUCGAUGCCGUAGAAGAGCUGCUCGAGGCAGACGCUGAGCUUGAAGUUCAGGACAGCCGUAGCUCGACGCCAUUACUGACAGCCACCGUGUACCGGCAAGUGGAAGUCAUGGCCAAGCUUCUCAUGCCUAGAUCAAACGAUGAAGGCUAUGUCAAGUCUCAGCUCGAGAUACGAGGCGAUCGAGGAUGGAAUCCCCUCUUAUGGUCAAGCAUAAAAGGCUUCUCAAAGGGUGUGAAGCUACUGAUCGAUGCCGGUGCAGACUGCAACGCCAGAACUCGUGACACCUUAUCGACGCCUUUGAUUACGUCUAGUAGCUGGGGUCGCGAGGAGGUAGUCAAAGUCCUUCUCGACACCAGAAACCCCCAUACCAAUUACGUCCACGAAUGUGUCGAUCUCAAUCUUCAAGAUGCGGAUGGGGGUACUGCGCUACAUGCAGCGGUAAUUGGGGAGCAUGAAGAGAUUGUCAAGUUACUGCUGACUGUGAAGGCCGAUCCGACUCUCUGGGAUCAGGACGGCCAGGCCCCUUUGCACAUUGCUACGGACAUGGGCAGCAAAUGCUUGAUCGAGUUGUUAGCAGAUGUGGAUGUCAACGUUACUGACGCAUACGAACAGACGGCCUUACAUUUAGCUAGUGAACGUGGCGCUGCUAGAAUUAUGCGAACCUGGACAGCCAUGCAAACAGCUGUCGCCAAUCUCGGUGGAACUGUUAGUGAGGCUGAAUCUGUCUGUGAUUUCACGUGGGUACACCUACCGGCUACGAAUAUGGAUUGGAUGAACGACCUUUUGGAGAGAAUUCUCAAGGAUGAGAACUGUUGUCCUCGCCAUUAUUACGAAGCCAAGUCGUUCUUUCAAGACAGCUGGCUUGAGGUACCAGACAGAGUAUCAGAGUCGAGAAUGAUGAGACCGCGGACCGUACUGAGACGGGCCGAGAAGUUGGAAACCCGCCAACAAGACAACGGUGAGGGAGUAGACAUGCAAGAGAAUGCAAAUAUCAGCAGAAGCCGACAAAGACAACGUACGUUUCCAGUAAUGGGUAUAGAAGGCGAUCAGUUGGAAGAAUGUGAACGAGAAAAAAGAAGUAGAAGGGAGCGCAUAAACGGGAGCGAAAGGGAGACAAAGAGAUGUGGAAAGAUUGAUGCGACAUCGAGAGACAAUUGCUUCGAAGUAAACGAUCCUAAAUUCUUGGCGGCAUCGGCGAUUUACAUGCCCUAUUUAUGCUUGUCCGUCAAUUUGGACGAGGACCAUGACAACUUCAAAAAGGCAAAGAAAGACUACGAGAGCUUGCUGGCAGCCUAUCCGACGGAGUCGAUUGUUCACAGAUCACCGACCCUUGAUGAAUGGUACUAUCACUUUGCAGAAGACCAGAGGGAAGAUAGAAAUCAUCGCAACGCAAGCCAGGUCACUACUCGUUAUUUAGAACAAAGUAAAUUUCUGGGGCAAAAUGGACAGAAAAAGAGAUCUUCCGAGACUUCCAGCCUCUCUGAUGACCUGGCAUUGGUACGUGUCAAUCAGGUAUGGAUUUGGACGAUUAGCAACAAAUGGCUCAUCACCGCAAAUUCAUGCUUGUUUGACGAAAGUGGCGACGCUCUUGUGCAGGGAAUUCUUGACCAGCUUAGCAAACAAGCAGAAUAUGGCGGUCGCAAGUCUCAACCAGGAUCAGCAAGUGAGAUGGGCAAAUUGAUUAUUGAAUACUGCAUCGGUUCAUACGAGAGAAGGCCCGAAUUUGAAGGGCAAGCGGCAGAAAUUAUUACCAAUGUUGCUGCUUCCGUGGACCAGCAGGAGCCUUCGUCAGUGAAGCAACUGUCUAUCGGUCAAAUUUACUCAAAUCAUAUGAACAAAGUGAGUCGGGAUGAAACGGCGCUUUUCGAAGCCAUCCAGAACUGGAAAAAGACUGGGCGGUCCAACUACCUGCGUGAUGCACAACCAGAAUCAGGAAAGGCUGCCUCAGAAUCCAAAAUCUUUAGCAAGGACUUACCUAAAGCCCUAAACGGUACGCCAGUCUACGAUGAUAUUGAAACUACGAUCCAGAAGGCAUACACUCUGUCCAGUGAUAUCAAGGAUGUCCGUGACGAAUUGAACAUCCUCAAGUCGGUUGCACAGUACCAGGAGAUUGUUCAGAAGGGCAUGAAAGAUAGCCCAGUGAAUGAUGGAGAGCUGUCUGCAGCCUAUGUGGUGAAUAACAUCAAAGAAAUGGAUAUUGUCGCAGACAGAAUUCAAUCAGCGAUCUACAUGACGCUCUCCCUCCAACAGAGCGAAAUUGCCAACCGCAACGCAAUCUUAUCAGUCCAGCACGGGAAAGUUCUCAUGAUCUUUACCUUUGCUACCCUCCUGUUCUUUGCCCUUUCCCAACACCAAUCACUAAGACAUGAGGGUAUAGUUGUAGUAUCCAUCGCCGUCUCUGUAGCAGUGGGUUUCGUUGCAUUCUACGCAGAGGAUAUCAGGAAAAGCUUUGUCGGAGUGUGGAAAGAACUAAAGGUCCAGCUCAGACUCCGGCAUGAGGCUCGGUAUAAGGCCCGACGCGAAACCCAGCGUGAAGCCCAGCUUGAGGCCCAGAUAAUGAUCUUUCAAAACCUCUGUGAUAGAGAGGAGUCCCAGGUGCACUAUGGUCGCCUUCAACCUCUGUGGCCUACACCUAUCGUCAAAGGCAAUACGCCCACAACCCAGUGGUACUAG